AUGACGGUGCGGCCGGGGUGGGUGGUGUGGGUGGCGCGUGGCUCGGCGGCGGCGUGGCAGCGCGUGGCGUGCAACCCGGAGACGCUGCCGCCCGACCGCGUCCUCGCGCUCAUCUGCUGCGCGCCGCUCCACCUCCUCGCGCGCCUCGCCGCCUUCCUCUGCGUCCCUUUCCUCCCCGGGCCCGCACGCGCCCCGCUCCGCCUCCGCCGCAGCCGCCGCUUCCUCGUCCUCCGGCCCCCCGAGCUUGCGCCGCACCCUUUCGCUUACUCGUCCUCCUCCUCUUCCUCUUCUUCGUCGGAUGAUGAGGACGACGACGGGGAUGACAUCCACCAACACGUCGAUUGA